UGACUCCUCUCGGCCACCGUACACACACAGAGCUGUUACAGGAAAUCGUUUUCAAUGCGUUAAUAACAACGUUUGAUAAUCCUACAUGAACGUUAUAAAUUAAGUCUCUUUAACUGUUUGUGAUAAUGACCGAGUACUCACACGUCAAGUCCACCAAGCUGGUCCUAAAAGGAUUAAACGAUAAAAAAAAGAAGAAAAAGAACAAGGACAAAAAGAGAAAACGAGAUGAUGAUGAAGACAAGCUGGAUAUCAUUGGAGGCUGGUGGACAGUGAAGAGUUAUGGUGAGAUCACAGGCACAGUGGCCAUUGAGAUGCACAAAAAGUCCUUCAUUCACGCGCUGGACACUGGACUCUUCACUGUAGGAGCUCCACAUAAAGACGAUGAAGGCCCAGAUCCUCCAGAGCAGUUCACUGCCAUCAAAGUCUCCGACUCCAGGAUAGCGCUGAAGUCAGGCUAUGGGAAGUAUUUAGGUAUAAACUCAGAGGGUGUUGUGGUGGGUCGAUCAGAUGCCAUCGGCUCCAGAGAGCAGUGGGAGCCAGUGUUUCAAGAAGGUAAAAUGGCCUUACUUGCUGCAAACAGUUGUUUCAUCUCGUACAGUGAGAGCGGAGACAUAGUGGCCAAAAACAAGACGGCGGGAGAGGAGGAGAUGAUCAAGAUCCGUUCAUGCACGGAAAGAGAGGUGAAGAAAAAAGACGAUAUUGCAGAUGAGGACAGGGGUGAUGUCAAGAACUGUGAGGUCAACUAUGUGAAGAAGUUCCAGAGUUUUCAGGAUCGAAAGCUGAGGGUGAAUGAGGAAGACAGCGGUACGCUGAAAAAAGCCAGAACAGACGGAAAAUUCCAUGAGACUCUGCUGGACAGGAGAGCCAAGAUGAAGGCUGACAGAUACUGCAAGUGAAACCAGCAGAAGUGUUUCUUUUUUUUCUUCCUCAUCAUUAUAAUUUUACAUUGUCAUGGAUCUGCCUUUUUUUUUUUUUUU